UUACUAGUCAAAUUUGUUUUGCAGUAGCAACGUUUUUCGAAACAAUUGUGCAAAGUGCUGUAUUUUUUUGAAAAAAAUUAUAAGAAAAAACGUAACGUCCUCUAUUAAAUGUUUUAAAUCAAGUAUAAGGUUAUCCUGGCUUCUUUUCAUACUGCAAAACGCAUAUAACACUAUUAACUGUAAACAUAAAAAAUGGAGUCUUUGGACAUCACGCUACAAUUGGGACAGAUGCUAUUGGUGCAAACAGCCAGUGAAUUAUUGACAGGCACAUUAAAGUUUGUUGAUCCAAAACGCAGAAUAAUUGAACUAGAGAACCCUUAUGACCAACGUUCAAAUUGUCAAUAUAACACGCCGCAAAUUUUAGCUUUUCCUCAAAUUAAAAAGUUACAGAUUAUAAGAGAAGAUGAACCUUCCAGUAACUCAAAUAGUUGCAGUGAUUCGACUACAUCACCUACAUCAUCAGAAAGUCCCACUAGCUACAAUACAGCGCUGAGGUCGCCAACUUCGUCGACAGAAAGUAAGCUUGCAUCAUCAGAAGAAAAUGAUAUUUCGCUUAGUACAUCUGAAUUAGAUCUGAUACACGAGCAACUAAAUUCGAUGGUAUGCAUUACGCAGACUGAUCAAAAAUAUCACAAAGCAUUAGCAGACAUUCGUGUUCAACCAGUUGUUGCACUUAUUAUCGAGCCGGUGGACUAUGGUCGCGCUCAUCGCACAUCCGUGAUGGUACUAGCCACGUUUCAAACCGUCUACAUAUUCGACAUUAUCGCAUUGGGUAGUAUAUUUCGGGAAAUGAAGCAUCUACUUGAGGCUGAGAGACCACGCAAAGUGGUACAUUAUAGCCAUAAACUAGUUGAUCACCUUAAAAAUCGGCACGGCGUUAAAUUAGGUGGAAUUUUUGAUACUUUUGUAGCGGUAUCUAUCAUAAGAGGGAUCAAAGAACCAUUGACUUUAAUAGAAGCUGUAGAGAAGAUAUUAAAUGUAACGCAAAUCUUCUUUCACCCUGAGGCGGAAAGCACUUUGACCAACGACCCGUACAAACGGCCGCUGACAUUAGUAGUGCGCCUACUACUGGCAAAGAAAGCAAUAAUGCAAUUAAAAUUGCAUGAACAUCUUCUUCAUAAGCACAUGCUGAAAAAUUUCUACAAUCAAUGUGAGAUAUUUUCAAAAACAUUUUGUGAAAGUGAAGAUGCCACUACACCUUUGGAAAUGCAACGUAAGAGUCGAGCUGGCUUUCAGCACAUAAAACGUAGUGCAAAAGAUUUUGAUUUCAAAUUUAAUCAAUUAGCAGAAUGAGAAGGAAACCCUUUUCGUGGUGUUCAAACUUUGUGUAUUUAGAGUAAAUACAAAUUCAAGUUUUUGCGAUGCAUCUAGUUUUUAAUUAACUAACCUUAACUAAAAGUAGUAAAUCAACAUCGUGCAUAAUGAUUAUUGGCUGUGAAAAGUAGCUUUGAAGCAUUACAAUCAACAAUCAAUAUUGCAUUUAAAUGUGUUCAUUUACUAUUAAACGAAGAAAUAAAAACAGAUAAACAAAUUUAAUCACAAUACCAUAACUAGUGAAAUAAUAUAAAUUAAUAUCGUGCUUACAAAUUAACGUCACAGCAGCAAAAAGGUAAUUGUCAUCAGAAGGGAUUUCAAAGCGAAAGGAGCAAGGGCAUCUCGGUGUUGGAUCAAGGCCGGAUAUUUUAUUGAAGCGUUGAAUUCUAAGUGAAAAAAUCUAAGGACAUGGCAUUAGGUUUUUGCUGCGGUGGCGUUAUUACGUAAGAACCAUUAUUAUUAAUAAAAUAUUUCAUAUUGAAAUAGUAUUUUUUUGAACUUAAAGAUGAAGUACAAACUUGAUUUAUUUAGCAUGCUAUAAUUAUUUAUUUUUUUUUUAAUUUUAAGUUUAAGAAUUGCAAGUAUAAUAUGAUUUUCAAAAACUUCUUAUAUUUUGAUAUAUUUUUUGGUUUUUCGAAGCUUAAACUUUGCAUUUUUUUUAUUAAUUUUAUUAAAUAAAAUAGCAUAAGCCUAUUGGCCCAUCAAUUCUCGCACUGCGUCAUGCACAGACUUGGUUCAUUUUUUUAUGUUCUUUUAAAUCUACAUUAUAGGAUACAUUUAUAAGAAAACACAUGCUUAUUUGUAAAAUUUUCACAGUUAAUAGCAACCAGUUUCUGGAGAUAAUAUAUUUGCCGUUACGUAUUAAUUAUUCUUUCAAUAACAGCUAAUAAAUUAGAAUAAAUAACUUGUAAGAAACUUCAAAUGACUGUAACCGAAACGGACCCGGCAGCUACAACAAGAACAAAUUAAAUGAAAUUAUUAAAGAUUAAAGGUAGGGGGAAGCCAUUUAUAAAAGAUAAGACAACAGAAUCUCCUAUUGAAUUUUCAAAACUGUAAUUUUAUUAUAAAAAAAACUUGUUCAAUAAUUUUUUUUCUUAUCUUAGUCAAUGAGAAACCCAUCCGGUUACGGACCAUGUUUUGAAAAAUAUCGGGAGGGUACUCUCAAGCUAGGAACAUAUGUUGCCAAGCCACAUUGCUUCUGCCCAAUUUUUAAUUUUUGAAUUUCCAGUUAAUUAAACUUCGCUAGUUUGAAGAUAAUCUCUUAUAGCACUUUAUUUGACAAGUCGUACCACUCGAUAGUUUCUAAGUCGUCUCGGCGUUUUUAAGAUGUCAUGAUCUUUAAUUUUUUUUUUUCAUUGUAUUCGGUAAAGUUUACAAUUUCAUCAUGGAAAGAUGUACGCAAGAACAACGUUUACAAAUUAUUCAAUCUUAUUAUCAAAAUAAUAAUAAGUAUGAAGAAAAUCAUGUUUUCCGAUGAGGCAAACUUUCAUCUGUGUGGUGCGGUAAAUAAACAAAACUCAGCUAUACCUUCGUACCGUACCGUAAAGCUUGAGAGAGUUGAAAAUAAUUGAAUUUAAAUUUAUUUAAUUUUUUUUUAUGUUGUGUUUCCAAAAAUGUUAACUAAAAAUAUUUUUCAAAGUUCUAAUCCCAAGUACUGAAUUGAAAAAAAGUUUAAUCCCAGGUCUGUAAUUAAAAAUUACACAAAAAAAUUUUCGCGCUUGCGUACUUCGUGUUCUAUUAUUUUAAACCGGAGCUGGCACAGAGUCAUCAUAUUCAAACUCUAGAGUACUGAUCCGCUAACUUACAUAUUCAAAUUAUUUAUAUUUAUCAAUUUAAAAUUUUGUAAAAUCGGAAUUCAAAAUUAAAUUUCCAAUUUUUGCACCCAAACAUUAAGGGUUAAAAAUUAGGUUUACUGUUUUUAAUUCCAAUUUUUUUAAUAAAAAAAUUGCAACCUUUCCUACAGGUAGCACCUUUACUAAUAUAUCACUCAACUUUUUAUUUUACCUAGUGGAAUGUACAUCUUAUAAUUUGUUAUAUAAAAAGUGCUAUGUUAACCCACAAGUACAAAUGAAUUUAAUUUAAGUACAAAGUUGUUAAACAAAAUAUGUGACCUGGUCUACGAAAAGGGAGCUAACGUGCGACUAACGUUAUGACUUUUUGGAUUCUAUCACGUGAAAAAGCAUCUCAUCUUCCAUCCGAAUCAACUAAAAAGUGAAAAUUGAUUUUUUUACACCUAAGCCCCCUUUCCGUAGACCAGGUCACAUAUACAUAUGUAUGUUAUUUGAAGAAACAAUAUUUGAGUUGAAGUUACAUUACAAUUACGCAUAUAAGUUUAUUAAUGAAAGUUAUACAUUUUUCAAAAACCGAGCCAUGUUUGAAAUAAAUAAAUUUCAACGAAUUCACAAA